GUAAUAGUGGCAGUGAUGGUGGUGGUGGUGGUGGUGGUGGUGCGCCAGAACACAGGGCGGCAGUGUGGCUUUCUGUGGUGGAGGGAGAAGGAGGUGUGGGGUGUUCGCUACUCACUCUCACUCUCUCACACACUCUCUCUCUCUCUCGUACUCUCUUCCUUGCCCAAGACACCCCAAGCCCCGCCACUCGCCAGGACCCCCACGCCCCAGCCCCCAGCAAAGCAGAGGACGCCCCUUCCCUUGCACUGGAGGGGGCGAGGACUGGCGGUGGCGUCGGGGGCUGGGGGCGGGGGCAGUCUAGUGGCGGGGUGGAGGGGGAGGAGGGAAAAAGACCCCCUCAGCAGCCGGGAGUCCCCCUCCACCCCUACCCCUGUGGAUGCUGCUCACCUUUCCGCCUUACCUGGGAAAGACUCACCCGGAAAGACUAAUUUACCUGAGAAAACGCCAGUACUCGAAGCUACACUCUCACCUGCGCCACCUGGAAAAUUACCUGUUAUAUCGGAAGCCUCACCUGCAAAGACCGAUUUACCUGAGGACAUCCAAUUACCCCCGGGGAAACGCUCACCUGCGCUCAUCACAAAGUCACCUGUGAAACCUAUCGUGCCGAACAAAAAGCAGAGAAUCAUAUCCUUCUCUGACUUAACAAACGCCCUUGGGAUCCAGACACCACACAGGGGCAAGACCAGAGGAUCUUCCCCCCACCUGUCCUGGAACCCCUCACCUUUACACGGGAAAUUACCUGAAGAAGGGAUGGAUGUUGAGCUGCCUGUUCCCGAACACCUGGCCUGCCUGUAUGACGUGGUGAAGGCGGUGAAGAAUAGCAACGAGAACUUGUCGCCACAGGAAAUUGAGAACAAAUUCACUCAGUUGUCCCUGGCCUUCAAGACAGACCGCCUCACCCUGCGGCAGCGCCUGGACCUGCAGCAGCGCCACCGAGACACGGCCGAGUCCAACUUGGAGAAUGAGUUUAAGCACCUCAGGAGUUCCGUGCUGGCUCUGCACGCAGACUGCAUGGACUCAGAGCUGGUGGAUGCCGUCACACAGGUACGCCGACACCUGGAUGUCCUCGCCACGUCAUCCAACAGACUCAUCUCCACUUCCGAGGUGUGGGGCGCCGUGCAGCAGGAGUGGCGGGUGUCUCGUGCCCUUGAGGUUCUCUUCCUUCAUGUGGACAAUGUCAAGAGGAUGUACGAGCGGGACCAUCAGGAGCUGGUGGAGCUGAGGCGAGUGCUCAAGGAUUGCCAAAUUGAACUGCCGAAUCAAGGUCUGCUUGCCAACGGCACUGGGGGCAACAACCAGACCUCCACAGACUCUCCAGUUGCCAGUAGAAGGCUGAGGGCUCUGAGUCUGGCUAUAUGCAGCACCAAGGCUGCACAGUCCUCAGACACCAGGAGAGUCAGCGUUGCCUCCCCCUCCUCCAAGAGCUCUGCCAGUGGCUUUGCAGGAAGUGCUAGAUCAAGGGCCCGCCGUGCCUCCCUCAUGCCAGACCUCAAACCCUUCAGGGAGCAGCUGGCCGGCCUUACUGCUGCUGCCUUUGUUGCCUCCAGGGAGUCCUCUUCCUCCUCCUCUUCUGCAAGUGGCCUCAGUGCCCCCAAGGAGAGUGCAGAAGAGGGAACAGGGGGCAGUGGUACCACUUCUGGGAGGUGGAGCUGCAGCAUAACAGAGGAAGUCAAUGAGAGUGGGGAGGAGGAUGCCGGCAGCACUCAGGACACCACCUCCAGCACCACCUCCAAUGCUGCUGCCGCCGCCAUCAACAACAACAAUGAGGAUGACGACGACAACACCGCCAGCCUCCCCGCCUUCACCCCUGCCAACAUUGCCACCUUGGGCCACCUUCACCCUGACUUUCAGCUGGAAGAUGACCUGCUCACUGACUCAGAAGAAAGGGACAGUGAUGAUUCUGGCCAUUCAGAAAUAAGUCAAGCACCAUCAGAGGAGCCCAAGCCUUCCCUACCAUCUUUCCUAGACAGGUUCUGGGCCAGAUCAAGACCCCCACAGUGGGUGCUGGUGACCAUAGAGGGACUGAUAGGGUGGGCUAAGGGAGGGCAGUGGCCAUACUCCCAGCAGCAGACGGUGCAGGGGGCGCGGUAUGCCUUCACCUCCCUGCUGCUCCUGGUGGCUGCACUGUUCCUGCUGGUGACCCUCUCCUCAGGGGAUGCCAGCAUCCCACAGCCUCGCCACCCUGGCUGGACCACCAUGAACCACCUCCUGCACCCCUUCGUCACCCUGCGCUACCUGCAGACACCACCCACCUGACCCUCACACCUGACCCACGGCUCACCUGCCUGCUGGGAUGAGCACCUGCCAACGCACUCCUCACAGUGGACUGGCAGUGCUGCUACAUCCUGCAGAUGCUGUUUUUAUGGAUAGUUUUUAGUGUUUACCUUCUUGCUGAUGUGAAGUAAUAUAGCAGUUUUAUUUAUCACACUUCCUUUUGUUUGUCAUCAUGCCUCAUUUUAUACUUUUCCUCAUAGACUUGUUUCAUUACUUUUCAUGAUCAUUGAAAUGUGAUUGUAAAUGUUCUAUAGGAAACCAAACUGUGAAUUUGUGUGUGUGUGUGUGUGUGUGUGUGUGUGUGUGUGUGUGUGUGUGUGUGUGUGUGUGUAUGUGUGUGUGUGUGUGUGUGUGUGUGUGUGUGUGUGUGUGUGUGUGUGUGUGUGUGUGUGUGUGUGUGUGUGUGUGUGUGUGUGUGUGUGUGUGUGUGUGUGUGUGUGUGUGUGUGUGUGUGUGUCAACACUUGCAAACAUGCCUGUGUGUUAAAAUGAAAAGUGCAUUAUUUUUCUCAUUCAUCUUACCACCCUCAGCUGGUGUAGCUUCUUCUUUCAUCUUUCACUGGUACAGCUGCCCCUCCCUGCUGCUUCAGGGGUGCAGGGCUCCAUGUGGGCAGCCUUCAGGUCACAGCAGAUGGCAAGCACCUCAUGGUCAUACUCAUGAAAUCUCAAAUUUUAUCUUUUUCCUUGGUAUUUCUGACAUGUCUUUUUCUGUGGAUAUUUUUGUUAUAUAUUCCUUGCUUUCUCUGUUGUCAGAUUUCAUUAUCAUGGUGAGUUACAUCUCAGGCUCAGAUAAUAUUCAAAACCAUAAAAUGUUCUGCCAUUUUCUGACAGUGUAAAUAUUUUUUGGAAAGGAAAAGAUUUAAAACUGUAUUUCCUGUCAGUUUGAACUACAGGGAAGUGAGCAGUGAGUAUUGUAAGAGACGACAAGUACUGUGUGUCAUAGCACAAAGCCUGGAGACGGCUGAGGGGAUGUGGCUGUGACAGACUCAGACAGGUGGCAGUGAAGCAAGGAAGAUGAACAUAUUUAUAGUGCAAGAAAAAUGGACUUUAUCUUUGGAGUGAAGCGAUCUUUUGAACAAUCUGGAUGUGCUUUUUUUUUUUUUUUUUUUUUUUUUUUUUUUUUUUUUUGUCAGUGUUGAGCAGACAAGUUGAGAAGCAGUCUUCAAAGGGUAAACUGUGGAUCAUGUAUGCACACUUGGCAGCCUCCUGCAGCCACACAGCCUUCCUCCUUCAGCUUACAGGAGGAGCAGAGGUACAUGUGUACAUCAGGGAGCGCUGUCCCUGUACACUUGAUAGACUCCUGCAGCCACACAGCCUCUCCAUAAGUCAUUGGAGGUGCAUUAAAGUUAUUUUUUGUUAUGCUGCCGCUUUUAGUUACUCGGAUAAGAAAGGAGAGGCUAUGAAAUCCUGAGUGCCAUGUAUUAUGAAGUACUUUAUUUAUGUUUGAGGAGCAUUACUCACUGCUGUCAUGAUAAUGGAGGCUUAUUCUUGUCUUCCUUUAAUCUGCAUCUUCCUUUAAGAUGCAGAGAAUAAGUUGAGUUGACAACACAGUGUUUGUGUUCUCAGAAGAAUGCCAGUUUUAGGAGUGAAUACAAGAUUAUCACAUUGUUCAUUUCUGACAUGUAUCAUAGGGAGCAAUAUGUAUUUACUGUGAUAACAUUCAAAUGAAGUCAUGUAUAUCAAUAAAUUUAUAUGAUGA